UUCGGGACCGCAAAGUGUUCGCGUGCAGACGCUCAUCAUGGCAACGUUGGAACAAGAAUUUGUCGAUUUCUUUGCUGAGUGCAAGCAGCAGGGCUUCAGCGCCGCCGAGAUGCGUGCCAUAUGCCAACCGUUGUUGCAACGUCGCAGCAACAGAUGUUCGGCGGUGGCAUGCGUUGUUUUGGCCAUCUUCGGUGCUUUGUGCUUGCUCUACAAUUGGUGCGAUGAAUUUAGUUGGUUUGUCAGUGCCAUUGGACGUUUGCUGCUGAUACAGGUGUUGCCCUAUUGGGAUUGGAUGCCACUUUAUAACAGUCGCUGUCUGAUUGAACGUAAGGUGGAUAAGGUGGACGGCGGUAGUGCGGCACCCACAACUAAAAUCCCAGCACGCUACGAAACGGAAGCGGGAAAUUGUGUGCUCUGCGAGACGCUGGAGCGCAUUCCCACCACAACGAAUAUCACCUUCUCAACACUUGAAUCAAUGUACCUCGAACGUGGUUGGCCAGUAAUAGUAACCGACUCGCAUCCACCGCGUACGCUGAACACACUGCUCAAUCAAAUGUACAACUCCUCGUCGGAUUUCCUUGAAAGUGAUCCAUGCGAUGUCUCAACGAAUUUAAUGCUGAAAAAACUCUUUAACUUAGAAUUGGCUUUGGAGAAGAUUAAGCACACAACACCGACACACAACAAAUGGUUUCUACAAUUGCGUAAUUGUCAGCGGCGCGCAGUCAAGGCCUCACGUCGCUUCGUCACACGACCCUACUACUAUCCACUGCACCUCGAGCCGUUCUACUCGAGCUGGGCACUGUUGUCGCAGAACUAUGCGUACGCAGAAUUUAAUGAAAUCUAUUUACAUGGCUUGAUCUUCGUACAGCAACUGAACGGUCAUUUUGACAUACGUCUGCGUCCGAAGCAACCCUGUCCAAAUCGCUGUCCUGUGGUGAAUAUACGUUUGAGCGCUGGCGAAUGCUUGGUUUUCUCCACGGACUUGUGGAUCUUCAGCUAUGGCACUGAGACGGUCGAUAGUAAAGCUGCUUCAGUAGCUACAGUGUUAGAAAUCGAUUGGCAGUUGUAGGGUGGUCCUUAAAUGCGGCAAAUUAUGAACUUUUAUGAAGUUUUGAAUGUGUUUCUUGAUAAAAACAAUGUGAAAGUAAACUUGUACUCAUUAAUUUAUAUUCAGGUAUUAAAAAUAAUUACAUUUAAUUUAAUUCUAAAUAUAUGUACACAAAUAUAAUUGGCCUCCAGGCAAAAUAGCUUAACUAGAAAAAAUUAUUUUUGAAUAAGACGCUUAGAAGCAGGAUUUAGAUGCCCAAAUUGACUUCUAGGGUUAAACUUUUCAAUAGCAAUAUAUGGAACUUCAAGGAAAAUGUAUAGUACCAAAUAAAAAACUUGACUUGAACUCUACAAAAACUUAA